UUUCUGACACUAUAAACAAAUCUUUUGUAAUUUUUUAACAUAGAGCAAUCAUAUUUUUAUUGUUCCGAUACAAUUUGUAAAUUUUAUUAUAUGAUAUUAAAUGAUUUAUAUAAUUUUUCACAAGCAUAGAUAGUUAUGUAACAAUUUUGAAAUAUAAAAUGCAUAGAUUAAUCCCAAAAUUAUCAUAGAUUAAUGAAAUUUUAAUUUGAAGUUAAUUGUUGAAUAAUUAAUUAAAAUAUAAUUGCUUUAGAUUUUUAAUUUUAUAUAUAUUUUAUAUAUUUUAUAAUUAUAUAUAUAUGUGAAAUAUUUUUGACUGAAAAGAUUUAAACAAAAGUUAAAAUGUGAAUUAUUUUUGUUUGUUUGUUUGUUUGAAGAACCUUUUAAACUUAUAUAUAAUGUCAGUAUCAAACAAUAAAAGAAUUGCAGAUAAAGAAAAAAAAAGAUGUUAAAUUUUGGUCAUCAGCACACAAAUAUACACACUGUUUCUAAUAUUGUUAAUAAUUAAGAUUACGAAGAAAUGGAGGAUACAAUAUUUGAGUAAUAACAGGAAACAUAAGCAGAGAAUAUAACAUAUAGAAUCAUAAGCAAGCCUCAGCUAUGGCAGCAAUUCGACACACUUUGCAAAGGGAAGUGUUUACCCUCAGUGAUGAGAAGCUGCUCAGUGUGUGCUAUGUCAGUAAAGCCUACAAAAAGAAAAAGAUGAGUUUUCUAUGUUUGGCUACGACAAUGGAUACACCAGGAUCUCUCAUAUUGUACCAAGUGAAGAAAAAUGACAAAAAUAUCUAUAAGAAGAAACAGUCAUGGCCUCUGAGCGACAUACAAAUUGUAGAUGGUGUGAAGCAUGACUCUAUGGAUAUAGAGAUGCAUAUUGACAAAGUUUACAAAUGGUCAGCCACUACAGCACAGGAAAGACGAACAUUUAUCAGUAAUUUGUAUACCUACUCGUGUAGCUUAACUCAGAGGCCGGAAUUCAAGAAUAUUCCCAAAGAGUGGCUGAUUGAUCCAACUGCAUUGAAAGAGAGUGACAGUAUCACAUUUACACCUGAUCUUCUGGCAUCCCCAAUUAGUUCAGAUUACCAACCUAUUACUGAAAAGGAAGCAGCUGACUUGAAACAAAUGAUGGAAAAUUGUGAAUACGCCGUUUCCAACGCUGAGCUUUUUAUGGAAACUCUUUCGAAAGAUCUGUCUAUUCUUGAUGGAGAAAACGUACAUUCAGUUUUAGCAUCAGAACAGAGAGUAACGCAACUGAUGAACAGUAUAGACGCGGCAAUAAUCGAAGCUUCCAUCGUAGAAACGCGAUUAGCGGCAUACGAUGAGGCAUUAGGAAGAAUAAGAGAAGUUAUGGCUCGAGUUGGGCAAAAAAAUCAGGCUAUACAUACGGCAAAUAACAAUGCGAGACUUUUAUUGGAUAAGCUAAAUCUAGUCAUUUCACAAUUAGACAUUUCUGCAAUGCACCAGCGUACUUUAAACGAAGCUGAGCUUCCGGGCGAGAGGGAAGACCUUGGCUUUGCUGGUGCAGCGCUCUUAAAAGCUAUCACAGCACCUCUUCCUCCAGGCUUGGAUAAACUGAGUGCUGUCACUGAACAGAAAAGACGGUUGGAUAAACUCAAAACGAAAUUUUCAGUUAUUGUCGCUAGACAUUUAAACAAUCUUUUUAUACACUUGGGUAAUGACAUUGGAGAUACAUCGAUUUCCAUGACAGAUCUAAUAUUACCGACCCAUCAAGGAGUUCAUAACGAACUCGUACCGUAUACCGAAUUGAUGCAGCUGGUGAGAGCAUUAGAUAAUAAAGCUUUUGUACAGUUAACUAAAGUCUAUACUGAUACCAUGAGCAAAUUGUACAAGAGAGAUCUGAAACGUUUUUUUGAAGAGGCUAAGAAUAAGCUCAUCAGCAAACGUAAUCUGCAAGCAAAUACAUCGAGGUCCAGUGGUCAGAAGGGUGAGGAUUUGGUUAAUCCGGCACCUAUUUGUUUGUUGAGUGGUGAAGUGUGGACUCCAAUAGACGAAGGGAAUCUUUUAGACUCGGUCCUCGAUUGCGUACUUUCGCAGAUGCAGCCAGUGUGUCUUGCCGAACAAGGUUUCUGCGUCUCAUUUCUUCAAUUAGACUCUGUUCUCUCACCAUCCAAAAGUAGCGAAAUAGAAGAAGUGGAGAAUGUAAAUAACGGCGCAGCAAGUCCUGGAUCGGUAACUUCGACGGCAAGCAAGAGACUGGAGCGUCAGGUAAACGAAGAUGUGCGCGCGACUAUGGCCGCAAUAUUCCCAUCGUUGGAAAACGAGUUAAACAAUUUUAUCAGUUUCUUGGACAAAAUCGACAGCUUUUGGUGCAUGUAUGUGUUAGUGCGUUUAUCACAACAUGUCAUGUCCGCUCAAGACACCGGCUCAUUUCUAUCAAUGACAUUCGCUUCCGCUCUAAUCCACGUGAAACGAGCAUUUGACAAAUUCAUGCAGGCACAACUGCAGUCCAUAUUGUGCGACACGAAAGUCAAUCGUCGACAUAAAUGCGGUAUAUUACCAUACAUAGAGAAUUUUGGACCGUUUGCAAGAACUGCUGAAAAGAUUUUCCGCAAUUCCGACAGAAAAGUCGAUCUGGAGAAGUGGUACACAAAGCUUGUAAGCACUAUGUUUGAAGCUAUUGUUAUUCAUAGCCGGGAACAUCACAAGACGCCGCAAGAAGUCAUAAAAAUGGAAAAUUUUCAUCAUCUGUACGAUCUCCUCUCGCAACUAAAAAUCUCGGUUUUGGAUCACGAGCGAAAAGAAGCCAAACAAAAAUAUCAAGAUGCACUUCGUGCUUAUGUCACACAAUAUUUUGGACGGCCCCUUGAGAAACUUAACCUUUUCUUUGAAGGUGUACAAGCUAAAGUAGGAGCCGGUGUAAAGGAAUCUGAAGUUAGUUAUCAGAUGGCCUUUAGUAAACAGGAGCUGCGACGUGUAGUAAAGGAAUAUCCGGCGAGAGAAGUUAAGAAAGGCCUAGAAAAUUUAUAUCGAAAAGUUGAGAAGCAUCUAUGCGAAGAGGAAAAUUUAUUACAAGUUGUUUGGCGCGAGAUGCAAAAUGAAUUCAUUGCGCAAUACAGGAACAUUGAAGAACUAAUACAACGUUGUUAUCCAGACAGUAAUGUGACACUCGAAUUUACUAUACAAGAUAUUUUAGAAUUUUUCUCAGAAAUAGCGCGAUCUCAUUGAAUUAAAAUGCAAUUUUUUUUUCAUUAUUACUUCACUUAACUCAUCUAUUAAUAUAACUAUUAUAAUUUAUAUGUAUAGAAAGAAUUGUAAUUUUUUGUUGUUUUAUGUAUAUUAAUUUAAAGACUUCUAAGUAGUCGAUCGAGAACCCUUGUUGACAAUGAUGAUGUAUUGCGGAAAAAAUUAAAACCUAAAGGUGAAAAGUGAUGUGUUAACGAUAAAAUUUUAUCUUGCAUGCCAUUUCGUUAUUAUGAGCUUUAUUGUGAAAAUAUCAAGAGGUUACUCAUUCACGAAUAGAGGUUACUCAUUCACUUAACCAAUUUUCAAUUUCUUGUAAUUUCCACAUGAUUUUAAAGUCAUUUAAAUGCAUUUGAUUUCAAAUUGAUUUCAAUAAUGGAUACUUGACUAAUUUUGUAAGUAAUCUGUGGAAAAUGUGACUUGCUUCGUAUUUAUCAAAUUCGUAAAAAUAGGUUGCAAGUAAAAUUAUUUUUGCAUUUUAUAUAUUAAAGCAUAGGGACUUCCGGUUGGACGGCGUUGGCGUGCAUUCAUGUAGACAACGCGUGUGAGAAUUUGAUAGCAGAUUGGUGUGAUUGCGGAGAGUGGAAAAAGAGAAAAUAAGAGGAGAGGGUAGAGGACGAAGGAGAGGUGUCGAGACGUUGGUAGAAACAAGAAAUUGAGCAGGAGUGGACCACAAGGAAGGAUCCAAAAGCUGACCAAAGAACAGGUUAGGAAUCAACCGGAAGGAAAGAGAAGAAAGCGAGGAGAAGGAGCAAGCACGAAGAGACUACAGAGAUAGUAAACAGAUGGCGCCACCGGGAAGACCGGCAGGAGGUAAGGCGAAAGAGGAAAGUAAAUGCAAUAGCAUGGAAAAAUACGUGACUGGAGGAGAAGAGAUAAUAAUAAAAGAAAUGAAAAAGAUAGGAAGAGAGAUUGAGGAAAA